AUGCCCUCCUUUGCCAAUACAGCGGUUUCUUCCCUGUUGUUCGCUGUGGCCGCGGACUGUACCAAGGUCCUGGCUCCGGCGAACGAUAUUUUGUUUCCAUCGAGCAGUUCGGCUCAGAACCCUUUGCAAUACGCGGGAGGAAAUUCCCCAUAUUUUGCUGGGCCCAAUGUCAAUGGCGUGGAGAACACUGUGCCUGACAAGUGCACGGUCCAACAGGCUGCAUAUGUGGUGAGACACGGUAGCAGAUUUCCGGACACUGGCUCUUAUAACUCGUGGGUCGGCAUUCAGGAAAAGAUCCAAAUUGCGGUCGAAGGCAAGGGCUUUGAUGCCCGAGGAUCGAUGUCUUUCAUCUCGGAUUGGAGCCCUGUCCUGACCAAUCCGACUUUACAAAUUGCUCAGGAGUCUAUGACUGGCUGGAAGGAGGCCAGCGAUCUCGGAUACCAACUCCGUGCCAGAUAUCCCGAUUUCUAUGAAGACGGAAAUCCAUUCUAUGUCUGGGCCAACCAGUAUAAGUACCCUAUCAACGAGUCCCGCGUGGUUCAGACUGCGCGUGCCUUUGUGAAUGGCUAUCUCUACGAGUAUGCCGAUACGUACGGUACGGUGGUCAGCGUCAACUCCACUGGCUCGGUCAACGCCAUUGGCAACUCACUGGGACCUUCUGACACCUGCCCAACCUUUUCUUCUACUUCCAGUGGAGGGAGUAAUGUUACGGACUUCGAUGCCACUUGGACCCCCAAGGCCCUAAAGCGUAUCAACUCGCUCGUCAGCGGUAACCUGACCUUCAGCGAGACGGACAUCCUGUUCUUCCCCUACCUGUGCGGGUACGAGAGCCAGAUCACUGGCCGUCUCAGUCCUUGGUGUGGCGUGUUUACCGACGAGGAGCUGCGCAACUAUGCCUAUUCCCAGGACCUGAGCUACUACUACACCGUUGGACCUGGCUCCGAUGGCCCCGCCUCUAAGCUCUUCCUACCUUUCCUGGAGAGCCUCCUGACGCUUCUGAGUAAGGGGCCCGGUCAGACGGGGACGGCGGCCGAUGGCGGCAGCUUCACCGUACCUGACCUGAUCAUGGCGUUCCUUAACGACAACCAGAUCGCCGAGAUGACUGCGGCAAUGGGAAUCUUUGACAACGAGGCUGCGUUGCCGGACACUCGCAUCCCAGCCAAUCACCUGUACAAUAUUGCACACUUCAUCACCAUGCGCGGUACGGUUGCCUUCGAGGCGCUCAACUGUGAGGUUGGGUCAGGUCGGCACACGGCCAACGAGACCUACAUCCGCGUGCUGUUCAACGAUGCGGUCUACCCCAUUGCCAACUGUCACAGCGGCCCAGGCAAGAGCUGCCUGCUGUCGGAUUAUCUGGCGCUGAUCCAGAAGAAGAGCAAGGCGGCGGGCAACUGGAUCGAUUAUUGCAAUGUGACCGAGACCGGGCAUCCGACCACGGUUGCCGGCGCUAGCUUCUUCAGCGACCUGUCGUUGGACUUCCUGACUUUUGUCAAGCCCUGA